AUGUCGGUCCCGGCGCUCGCCACACCCAGCACCUCGGCCCCCCGGUCUCCGGCGGCCGGGGACGGCUCGGUGUCCAAAGCUCCUUUGGGGGCUCGCGGCUCGCCGCCGCUGGAUUGCGGCGCCGAUCUGAAGGUCUCCCCGGUGCGUCGGACCCUCGGGGCCGGAUCCCCCUCGGACCUGCGGUCGGCACCCUCCUCGCCGGCAAUGGCAGCCGGGUCGCCGGCUCCCCCCUCGCCCGGGGGGGCGGAUGGCGAAGCGCGUGCCUCCUCGCACGGGCUGGUCUCCCCCCCGGCCAGCCCGUCGUUGGAUCGCUCGGCCGCCAGCCGGCCCCUGGGCAUCGCCCCCCGCCGAGAAGGCGCCCGGGCUGGAUCGGGCAGCAAUCGUCGGAAGUCGGCCCUGCCCCUGCGGUCGCCGGUCCUCGGUGGCCUUCCGGCCAACCGGGCCGCCAGCCUCUUCGGGUCGCCACCGCUGUCGGCGGCCGUGUCGCCGCAAAAUGGGCCGCUCCCACGGGCGGCCGACGCGGCCGGCAGCUUCCGCGUCACGACCUCCCACUCGCCGGACUCCUCCUCCUCCUCUUCCUCCGAUGAUGAUGAUGAUGGCGAUGAUGAUGGCGGUGACGAUGGCCCUCAUGCCCGGAGGAGGAGUCACCUCGCGGCCAACGCCCCGGGUGGCUUGGGCCCCGGGUCAUCGCGGUCAUCCGGUGCCGAGGGACCGGCCGGCGCCUCCGGCACCAGCGCCAAGGGCGCCUCCUUCAUGUUGCACUUCGCCGGCAGCAGCCCGGCCGAUGCGGACAUGGUCGACUGGCCGGAGAGCACGGCCGGGUCACCCGGCCCCGAGCAGCAUCCGCCGGUCUCGGGGGAGCUGAGCCCGACCGAGGCCGCCCUGGAGCCGGGGCACCCUCCCCAGCCGGCUCAUGCCACCUCGGCACACCACCUGCUGGCCCUGCGCCGGAGCAAUCAGCUCUACCUGGAGGAUCAGAUCCGGCGGAUGCAACUGCCAGCGGCCCGGGCCCCGGCCGACCCAUCGACCUUCCUCCGGCAGUACCGGUGGUUUGAGCCCGCCAAGUCCACCCCCUCGGAGGGGUCCGGCUGCGGGUCAUCCUCAUCGUCGUCGCUGGUGGCCGGGCGCACGCCGGGGACGCCCCCCUCGCCGGGCAUGGCCGACGCGGCCCCCGGCAAUGGUGGCCCCGGGCCCGGGCCGUCGACCGGGCUGGACUCCGCCGGCAAGCAGCCAAGCAGCACCACCCUCCGGCGGCGGGCCGGUGUGGAUGGCGAGUCCCGGCGCCGGGCCCUGGCCGCGGUCUUCGACGGGGACGCCGGCGCCGACAGCGACGGUGUGUCCGGCAGUGGGUUUGACGAUUCGGCGGCCGACGAUUCGGACCCCGAGCCGGGGUCCCCCUUCCGGACGCCACAUCACCCGAGCGCCGGCGGCGGCCGGGGCUACAUGCAGGCUGGCGGCGGGGCCCGGCGCCCUGGCGGCCCGGGGACCGCCGGGCAGCCCCCGGCCACCGGGGGCUCGGCCCAUGCGGCCGGGCAUCUGGGCCCGGGGCACGGGCCGGGCCCCUCGACUGGGUCGCGGCCGGGGGCCGUGUCGCGUGAUGGCGCGGCUCCGGCCGAGUCCGAUGACGCCGGUUCCGCCCGGCUGACCCCCUACUCGCCGGUGGCCUUCGCCGCGCGCCGGCGCAACAGUGUCUCCGAUGUGCUGGGGUUCUUCGGCAUCAAUGGUCCUCUGGGGCUUGGGGCCGGGUCGGCCCCGCGCGGCUUGCAGCUGGCCAGCGAUCUGUCGGCCUCGUUGCUGUCCAGUGCCGGUGGCAUGCAUGCCAGUGCCCUGGCCCAUCAUCCCACCCUGGUGGAGGGGUCGGCCGGGGGCAGCGGCGUCGGCGGCGCCGGGGCCGGCGGUGCGGCGUCCUCCUCCUCGGCCCCCGGGGCCGGUGGCACCGGCGGCCUGGGCAUCGUCAUGGCCCCCACCCUCGGGGCGGACCUCCUGGCCACCGGGGCCCGGCAUCACCUGCACCACUCCAGCGGGGGCCAUUUGUUCGCCGGGCCCGGCCGGCGUCCGUCUCUCAGUGCCCCGGGCACUGGUGGGCCCUACAUGGCGAGUGCGCACCAUUUGCAGGCCCACCAACACCCGGCGCCCGGUGGCUUCCCCCUGUUCGGGGAGGACGCCCCGGAGGCCGGGCUUGUCGAGCAGCAGCAGCAGCAGCAGCAACCGCGCCCGGGGCCUGGGUCGGCGACGGGCGGCUUGGCCGGCGGCAAGGCCCGCAAGCCGGGCCCCGGUGCCGGCAAGCAGGGGUCCUCCUCCGGGGCGUCAGCGUCAGCAGCGGCCACGGGCGGCGCGGCCGCCGGUGCUCGCAAGCCCCAGGCCGGCGGGGCUGGCGGCACGUCGACCACCGCCGGCGGUGCGACGUCCACCGGUUCCGGCAAGGCCGGCGAGCGCAAGGAAAAGAAGCGCCACCGGCGCGCCGACGGCACGACGGCCCCCGGCGAAGGGGGGGCCGCGGCCGACGGGCCGGAGGGUGCCCUGGCACGGAAGCGUGCGCGCGCCGCCGGCGGGGCCGCCGGGUCUGGCGCCGGGCGCCGGACCUCGGCCACUGGCAGCCUGAGCACCCCGCCGCCCGGGGGGAAGGCCCGCCGGACCGGGGACAACCUUCCGCCCGGGUCCAUGGGGGACAUGCUCGGGGGCGAUGCCCUGCUUUUGCUCGGGGCGGAUGCCGACGACCCGGAGGGGGCCCUGGCCCGGCAUGCGCACCUGUCCAAGAAGUGUGCCGCCUGCCAGACCACUCGGACGCCCUACUGGCGGGAUGGCUGGACCACGGACUGUCUGCUGUGCAAUGCUUGUGGCAUUCGCUUCCAGAAGUACCGGACCCGGUGCAACUCCUGCGACUAUGUUCCCCGCAAGGAUGAAGCCUCGCGCUUCGAGUGCGCACGGUGCCACAAGUCCGGCACCAUGCGCGUGGUCCAGCGCGGCGAGCGGGCCGAGCAGCAGCGCGAGAAGAAGACCACCCCCAGCGGUGGUGGUGGUGGCGGUGCCGGUGGCGGUGCCUCCGGCGGGUCUGGUGCCUCGGCCAGUGGCAAGUCCUCCAAAAAGGCGGCCAAGGCCACGACCGCGGCUGCGGCUGCUGGUGGCAGCCUGGCUCGGCCGCCGGGAGCAGCCUCGGCCAGCUCGGCCGGCGGCUCGGGCAAGUCCCUCUCCUCGGCCGGCGGGGUGUCGCUCAAGUCCUCGCUGAUGAUCCCGGCCGGCACCCAUCAGUCCAUCAGUGGGAGCCUGUCGGCCACGGCGAUGCCGGCGAUGCCGGGCGGGGCCGCGCGUCCGGUGGCCUCCGGCCCUUCUAGCGCCGGCAAGGCGGCCACCGGCGGCGCCUCGGCCCCGGUGGCCGUGUCCUCCGGCGCAUCUGCUUCGGCCGUGUCCUCGGCCGUGUCCUCGGCCGUGUCUGGCCCGGCCCCGGCCGCGUCGGCGACGUCUCCCUCUGUGGUGGCUGUGCCUGCUGCCCCGGCGACCGGGGCCGGCCCUGCCCCUGGGCCGAGCACUGGCAAGGCGGCCUUUGCCCCGGUGGCGACUUCGUCUGCGGCUCCUGUGGUGGCUCCUGUGGUGGCUCCUGUGGUGGCUUCUGUGGUGGCUCCUGCUGCGGUUGCUGCUGCGGCCCCUGUCAUCACUCCUGCUACCACUCCUGCUGCCACUCCUGCUGCCACUCCUGCUGCCACUCCUGCUGCCACUCCUGCUGCCACUCCUGCGGCUCUUGCCAUGAGACCUUCGUCUGGGGUUGCCCCGACGCCGGCCGCAGUCGUUGUCCCCUCCUCUGCUUCGGCUCCCGUUGUGUCCUCCCCGCCGUCCUCUCCUCCCAUCACGGCUGCGCCGCAGCCCGCGCCGGCGGCCGCCUCCUCCUCGUCGCAGAGUUCCCCGGCUCCGGCGGCUGCCGCAUCUUCCCCUUCCGCCAGUGCGCCGACCCCGGCCACGGUGGGAGUCGCGGUGCCGGCCGGCGUGCCCGGGCCCAGCUCGGGCGCGAGCCGGCCCUGA